CAAAAGCCCUAGUGCUCCUCCUCCAGCCACAUAUACACACACACUUUGAGGGGGCCCCAUUCCUCCCUCUAUAUUGUACCUAAUAGCUGUAAGAUUUUUAAAGCAGGAGACAAAGAAGCCUAGUAUCAUCCACAUAAGACAAAGAGAGCAGGUCUUGUAUCUAUGAACAUUCCAGACAUGAAGAGGUACAUAGUUGGGUUAGGUGUAGGAUUUCUCCUGCUCUGUAGUCUGGGACAUUCAUGUGUGGAUCCUGAAGCGGCCUACAGGUUGACCGGCAUUGUGUGUAGGAUUACAUACCCAGCUGCUGUUGUCUUAAAUGAAAAGACCACUGAGGUAAUCCAGGCUACAUUCCAGAAUACUAAAUAUCCCAGCAUCGAAGGAGAUAUUCCGGUGUUAUUCAUGGGCAAGCUGAGUUACAGAUUACACAACCUGGAGAUCCACAAUCUGACUAUUGGGAACAGUGAAUUCGAGCUGCAGGAGAAUAAAGGCGUGGCGAUCACCAUCUCCAAUGUAUCUGUUGUUUUUAAGGGAACCCUUGCGUAUAAAUACGGGAACACUCUUUUCUCCUUAGGCCAGUCAAUUGAUUUUGAAGUUGAGUCCCAAAUUGAUUUAGCCAUCAAUUCUAAGUUAUAUUGUGGGAAAGGAAGAGUAGCUGCAGAUACUUCUGACUGCUACCUCACCUUCCAUAAGCUGCAACUCUUACUGCAAGGCGACAGAGAACCUGGUUGGCUGAAGAAAGUGUUCACUAGUCUCAUCACUAUGACAGUCAAGCUGGUUGUAAAGGGACAAAUUUGUAAAGAAAUUAACAAGGUGGCAAAUAUCCUGGCAGAUUUUAUUCAGGACACAGCAGAGCAGUUUUUGAGUGAUGGAAACAUCUCCGUUGACAUCGGCAGUACAUCUGCUCCUGUCAUCACCUCCAAUUACAUAGAGUCAUAUCAUAAGGGUCUAGUGAUCUACAAUGGCAGCACCUCUGUGAACAAAGACUCGGUGUUUAAGCCAGGCCAGAUUUCAGAGAACCGCAGUCUGUACUUUUGGCUCUCUGAUGAAACCCUCCAGCUGCUAAUAACAGCAGCGUACCAUGAUGGACGAUUCGUCAAAAACAUCUCCGGGACAGAACUCACUGAUAUGUUUCAGACUCAGUUAUCCACAGACAGACCUAAUUUAGUGAACGAGUGGCUAUCCUCUGAGGAACCGCUGUUAAGAGCGUGGAGCGCAUCAGAGCCACGUUUUCAGACGACACCGCAAGGCUCGUUCGUCAGAGUGGCGGCUGCAAUGGAGCUCUUUUCUGCAAAGAAAGACAGUCCUACCUUGUACUUUGAAACGGAGGUGGAAGUUUGUAUGAGAACUUCGUAUGCAGAAAAGAAAGUCAUCCUAAAGGCAACACCAGUGAAUGUAUCUAUAUCAAAGAUUCAAAUCUUAGAUUUUGCUUCUGAGAUGGAGAGAGCCUUCGAUUCUUAUCUUCCGGAGGCGGUUGAGAUUAUUGGGAUCCCUAAAGUCAUAUCCUACCUAGCGUCAGCAGCAACAGCUGUGAUGGACAGGCAGAAGUUCAAUCUGUUAGACCUAAUCAAUCCUGAAGUAAUGCCUUAUAAUGGUUAUUCCUUGGUGCAGAUGGAGUUUGGUUUUCCACAGCAUCUACUGGUGGAGUUCCUCAAGAAGACUCUGGAGUAACUGCAGUCUAGUAUCACAUAUUCUGUAAAUCAUUUUCCUAAAUACACACAUAUUACCACACAAUGUUGUCACAAGUAUAUUUACACUUGUAUAUACAUAGUUUUAGGGUUAAAGAACACCAGGAAAAUAUCCAUUUCUUAUCUGUGGAUGCCAAAUG